GGCAGCACGGUUCCGGGAUCUGCGGCUGGGAAAGCCUUUGCUGCAGCGAUCUCCCGGCUCCUGUCCCCGAGGUGCCCCGCCCAGCGCUCCGGCUGCUUCCUGGCGCUGCUGGGCCUCGGUGUGGGGAAAAUGAGCCGCAUCUACCACGACAGUGUCCUCCGCAACAAGGCGGUGCAGAGCGUGCGACUGCAGGGGACCUGGGACCCCGCCGCCCACCAGGGGGGAAAUGGCGUCUUGCUGGAGGGAGAGCUGGUGGAUGUAUCUCAGCACAGCAUCUUGGAUGCCCAUGGCCGGAAGGAUCGCUACUAUGUCUUGUAUAUCCGGCCCAGUUGUAUUCACCGACGUAAGUUUGACCCCAAGGGAAAUGAAAUCGAGCCCAACUUCAGUGCCACCAGGAAAGUGAACACAGGCUUCCUCAUGUCGUCUUACAGAUGACUGAGGUGCCUCUUCCCACUACCAGCAUCUGAGAUGGUGUCACUGAGAAGAGGCCAUACCUACUCCCGCCGUGGAGAGAGCAGCCUGUCAAGAUGAAUACCAUUUAACACACUAUGCUGAGAUCAAAUCCAAGACCUCAAGACUCACA